AUGGUUGGACAGGAGAGGACGCAGGGCGGCGAGCUUGAUAGCGUGACGUUUUCGCGAGCGAAGGAGCGAGAAAAGGAGGAGAGUCGCGGGAAGAAGCGCAGGGAGAAGGAGGAGAAGCGCGAGAGGGAGCGCCGGGAAAAGGAGGAGCGCCUAGCGGAAAAACGCGCGAAACGGGAGAGGGAGAGUCGAAACGGUGUAGAAGCACACGGGAAUGCGGACCUGUCAGGUUCCGCUGCGGAGCUAGCAUCCAAUGCAGCUGAACCGGUCAAUGGACUUAGGGUUAAAGCGUUGGGUGGGGUUGCGUCUUCUGCGGGCAAGCCGUCUGCUGGGGUUAAAGCAUCUGCCGAGGUUACAGCAUCGGGUGGGGCGGAAGUGUCUAAUGCAGCAGAAGUCAGUUCGAGCGAGGACGAGGAGGAGGUGAAGAGGCAGGCAGCAAUCAGCUCUGUCGUGGUUGAAGGGUCGCAUAUCAUGGGCGCUGCUGCUGCUUUCCGGCACAAGCGCAAGGCAAAGAGGGGACUUCACUCAACCCUGGCGAGCAAGGAGAGGAGGCGGCUGAGGAAGAUGGAAGAGCCGAAAUCUGAGACCGUGGCUUCAGAUCAGCAAAGCUCGAAAGAUGUCACGGCGUCAGAAGAACCGAAAACAGAUGGCAAUCAAGCUCCAGAAGAACCGCCAUUGAAGAAGGUGAAUUUUGACCCCGAAUUGUCUCUCCGUGUCAAGAAGCUGUCAGAGACGGCAGUUCUUCCAAAACGAGGGUCUGCGAGUGCUGCCGGUUACGAUCUUUCAAGCGCACAUGACAUCACCGUGCCUGCAAGGGGUCAGGCCCUCGUCAAGACUGAUCUCGCAAUCGCCAUUCCGCUGGGGACAUACGCUCGAGUGGCUCCUCGCUCUGGACUAGCCCUGAAGCAUUCCAUCAACGUGGGAGGAGGCGUGGUUGACUACGAUUACCGUGGAAACGUCGGAGUGAUUCUUUUCAAUCAUUCUGACAAGGACUUCCCGGUGAAGGUUGGCGACAGAGUUGCACAGCUGAUCCUGGAGCGAAUAGUCACUCCUGAUGUCGUGGAGGUGGAAGAGUUGGAUGAGACCACACGGGGGGCUGGAGGGUUUGGAUCCACAGGUGGCAGUGACGCUUUGAAGCAAACAUAG